ACGACGUCAGCCAACCUUGGAUCAGAGCCAACCUGUGACAUGCUGCAUAUUGCCAACGUGGAGGAGAAGCCCUUCUGAUGAGGGGGUAUUGGGGAGAGGUCUGCCGUGUUUGCCGUCCUUGACACACCGUCCAUUUCGUCACGAGGUGCCUUUUUGUCUCGUUCCCCGCAUCUCAGGGGUUACUACCGCUACUAAGCCGCCUGUGGAUGGGUGUUGGGAUGGCUCGGUGCUGGCGGCCUACGCGGAGCAGAGUGCCCUUGUUGCGCACGGCAAGACACGGAUACCUACGUGCAUCAUAUUAGAUAGGCUGAUACCCCAGGCUGGCCGCGAAGCCAUCGAAGGCUGCCAACCCUAUCGCUGCCUACCCAUGCUGUCUAUAAACCAAGCCGGACCCGGCAACGCUCCUCAGUGGUUCAAGGCCUGUCUGUGAUGUCGAAUAGACAUCAGCUACCAGUUCGAUCUGACACAGCUCUUGGAUUGAAGGGAAAGCCAGGCCAGGCGCUGUUUUGCCCAAGCUCGCUAGAGAAACAGGAAACACCCCGACUGGCUGCGCCCCUCGCGCGGCUGAACCCGCCUGAAGAUGGAGGAUCCAUCCGGGCGGCAGAGCCUUUUCCCGGGCUGGCUGCCGCAGACGCCCAUCCCGGGCGUGUCUCUGUCGGCAGGCGGCCUGCUGGCGCUGGCGGACCUGUCGACGGUGCAGCAGCGCACGGCGCUGACGGGCGGGUCGUCGUGGCUCGACAGCCUGCUGCUGGUUCCCGGCCUCCACUAUCAGCAGGCCGCCGGCGAGCUGGCCCGCCGGACGGGCCUGCCGCCGUCGCUCCCCACUACCGAGCUGCGACCCGACGGCUCCCGCGCCGCCGCCGCCGCCGCCCCUUCCUUGGCCGUCAACAACGCCGCGCUGUCGCAGUUCUGCCAGCGCGUCGCCCGGGACGCGGAGCUGGUCACGCUCGAUGUCGGGCGGCUGCCGCCUAGGGGAAGGAGGAGGGCGGACGGUACGGCCAAGGGCCGCGGCGGGCCCGGGCUGGGGGCGAAGCGCAGGAGGCUGGUGCGCGGGGACGGGGGGCUGGAGGCUGCAUACCGCGAAGGGGACGAUGACGACAACGACGACGACCCGGAUGAGCUGGUCGUUCCGGAUUUUGGUUGGCUCUCUCACCUGCUUUACCUCAUGGGCCCGCUCCUUACCCUCGGCGCCAUCGCGUUGCUGGUUCUAAUACAUGACUGGUGGGCGCUCGGCUGCAUCUGCGCCCUGAUGCUGUCCCGCCUCCUCAACAUCUGGGUCAUCAAGCAGCGCGCGGCCCGAAACGCCGCCCCGCACUCGCCCUCGCGACACCCAUCGACGGCGUCAUGCAGUGCCGCCUCGUCGUCCAGCGCGUCUACCUCGCAGCCGCGCCGCCAGCAGCGCCGCCUCAGCCGCCAGCAACAACAACAACAACAGCAGGCCACGGCACACAACCACGCCCACCCGCCACCACCCGACCACGCCCUCGUCUCGCUCCUGGUGACCCUCCCCGACGGGCGCAAGGUGUGCCUGCGCGGGACGGCGGCGGACCUGGCGGGCGCGGCCGGGUCGGCGUGGCUGCGGGCCGAGACGCACGUCGAGGGCUACCUCGAGGCCGCGGCCAAGCUGUGCGUGCACCUGGUGGCGGCCGUCAGCGGCAACUGGACGCAGGCCGGUGCGCUCGUCGUCAUGCUGCUGCUGCUCGUCAGCGCGGCGCUGCUAGCGCUGAGCAACGCAAACGCCAGGCGGCUCGACGUCGCGGGCGGCUACGUCGCCGUGCCGGGAGGCAGGCGAGGGAGGGUGGCGGUCGUGGAGCCGGCCAACGGCGGCGGGGAGGUGGGAGGUGGUGUUGGGGGUGACACGUGAGGCUGGUGAGUGUUGGGGCCUUGUGCUGAUGACACCGUGGUGAGAUGGGCUUACGUUUGCUGUACUGCUAAUAGGGGCACGAAGAUGCGAGAUUAUCAAGAUGGAUAAGAUUCAUGUAACAACGGCAACUGGGGCUUCGUAGUCACCAAGAUGGGUCAGGGUGCACACACAGCAAAUAGACAAUUCAAUUAC